AUGAUCCCACCUGGUCUGAUCAAGCUGUCCGCAUCACUGCUCUGUGUCGUAGGUCUAAUUGAUGGGAGUGAUGUCACCCAGACCCUUCUUCUGUGGAGGAAGAAGGGUGAAUCUGCCACCAUGAACUGCAGUCACACUAAAGAUGCUUCUUAUCGCCAGAUGUACUGGUACAGACAGCUUCCAGGGGAGGGAAUGAAGCAAAUAGUUUACACAGUUCCAAGCAGCAACCCUGAAUAUGGAAGUGGCUUCAGUGAGGACAAAUUUCCAGCCAAGAAGAGCGACGCUCAGACUGGAUCUCUGACAGUGGAGGAGCUGCUGCCUGAGGACAACGGAGUGUAUUUUUGUGCUGUGAGCCAACACAGUGAUACAGGUGUUGUGAGAUGUAAGGGAGUCUACCAGACCCCAGAGAUCCUGCUGUUAGAGAGCGGUCAGUCUGCUCACAUGGACUGCAGCCACGACCUGGGCGGCCAGUACUUUAAAUGUACUGGUACCAGCAGCUUCCAGGAGAGAGUUCCUCUCUCAGUGACCAAGUUCACCAGACUCCAGCUGACAUGUUGCUGCCAGGAUGUAACUCAACAGCCUGAAAUCAUCUGGAGCUCCACAUCCAGAUCUGCAGAGAUGAACUGCAGCCAUAAGAGAGAUGCUGCUCACUCACAGAUGUACUGGUACAGGCAGCGUCCAGGUGAGGCCAUGAGUCUCAUUGUCUUCACGGCUGUCGGUGUGGAGCCAGACUACGUGGGGGACACUCAGCAGAAAUACUCAGCUGUCAAAACUGUGGUAGAGAGCGGGGCUCUCACUGUCAAAGACCUGCAGCCGGAGGACAGCGCUGUGUAUUUUUGUGCUAGCACUGUGACCAACAGCAAUCCUGCUUACUUUGGCCAAGGAACCAAGCUGACAGUGUUAGGAAAAGAAAGAUUUGUAAAAUGUCCAAAGAUGCUGGCGGUAGAGAAUGACAGAGGAGAUUCAUGCUCAGUAUUUAUGCACUGUGACAAUGCCAACGAAGCUUACUUUGGAAAAGGAACAAAACUCACUGUGUUGGAGUAUAACGUCACUGCACCAACUGUCAAAAUACUUCCACCUUCAUCAAAGGAGUGUAAAAACAAGAAGAAGACCUUGGUGUGUGUGGCCUCUGGUUUCUACCCAGACCAUGUGAGUGUGUUCUGGCAGAUUGACGAGGUAACUGAAACAAAUGGCGUGGCGACUGACAACAAUGCCGUAAGGAAAAACGAGUCCUACAGCAUCACCAGCAGGUUGAGGGUCUCGGCCAAAGACUGGCGCUCACGGACUUUCACCUGCACAGUCACCUUCUUUAAUGGAACUGAUUACAAACAAUACUCAGACUCUCUUAAGGGCGCUGCAGGUGAAGGUGAAGGAGAGAGCUUCACAAAAGAGAACUAUGUGAGGACCUCGCAGGCUGGCAAACUCUCCUACGCUGUUUUCCUGGCCAAGAGCAGCUUGUAUGCGCUCUUCAUCACCGCUCUGGUGUGGAAACUUAAGAAUUCAUCUGGGAAGCAGAGCAACUGAGAGCUGAGCUGAGGCCUGAACAGACGCAUCAGAGGAACUGAGUCUCUUUGUUUCUGUCAAUCAAAUUAAAAACUGCCUUUUUCACAGAGCUCCAGUGCAUUUACAUUCAAUAAUAUUCCUGCUGAAAUAGAUACAGUACAUGUAAAGCAUGUGAACAGUUUGUUUUUCUGAUUUUCUGAAUGGUUAAUCAUGCUGUCUGUUUGUGUGUAGCUGUGACUUUCUUUUUGCUUAAUAUUCUACUUAAUAAAAGAUUUUAGAUGCUUA